CCGGGGAGCCCGUCCGUCAUGUCCGGGUGAGGCAGAGGAGCGCCAGGCUGACCAUGCUGAGGAGGCUGGACCGGAUCCGGUUCAGAGGCCACAAGCGGGAGGACUUCCUCGACCUGGCGGAGUCCCCAAAUGCCUCGGACACGGAGGGCGGGGACGAGCUGCCCCUGAAGGUGCCCCGGACCUCGCCCCGGGACAGCGAGGAGCUCAGGGACCCCGCUGGCCCAGGGACCCUCAUCAUGGCCACAGGGGUCCAGGACUUUAACAGGACAGAGUUUGAUCGGCUGAACGAGAUCAAGGGUCACCUGGAAAUCGCCUUACUGGAAAAACACUUCCUUCGUGUGAAGCCAGGCUCCAGAAGCUGCAUCCUGGCUGCUGAGAUCACACCCUUCUCUCCCCUAGGUCUCCGGGACUAUGGGCUGCGGGGCUCCAGGCUGCGGGCUCCAGGACUGCGGGCUCCAGGCUAUGGGAUGUGGGGUCUGGGGCUGCGGGGUCUGGGGCUGCAGGCUCUGAGCUGGUUCUGGGCUUCGGGGCUGUGGGCUCUGGAGCUGCAGGCUCCGGGGCUGCAGGUUCCAGGCUGCAGGCUCAGGGCUGUGGGCUCUGGGGCUGCAGAGACUCCGGGCUCUGGGCUCCGGGUCUGCAGGGCUCCGGGCUGCGGGGCUGUGGGCUCUGGAGCUGCAGGCUCCGGGGCUGUGGGUUCCAGGCUGUGGGUUCCGGGCUGCAGGCUCCAGGACUGCGGGUUCUGGGUUCUGGGCUGUGGGUUCCAGGCUGUGGGUUCCGGGCUGCAGGCUCCAGGACUGCGGGUUCUGGGUUCUGGGCUGUGGGUUCCAGGCUGUGGGUUCCGGGCUGCGGGCUCCAGGGCUGUGGGCUCCAGGCUCCAGGCUGCGGGCUCCGGAACUGUGGGCUGCAGGCUUCAGGCUGUGAGCUCCAGGGCUGCGGGUUCCAGGCUGUGGGCUCCAGGCUGCGGGCUCCAGGGCUGCGGGUUCUGGGCUCUGGGGCUGUGGGCUCCAGGCUGCGGGCUCCAGGGCUGUGGGCUGCAGGCUCCAGGCUGCGGGCUCCAGGGCUGUGGGCUGCAGGCUCCAGGCUGUGGGCUCCAGGGCUGUGGGCUGCAGGCUCCAGGCUGUGGGCUCCAGGGCUGUGGGCUCCAGGGCUGUGGGCUCCAGGGCUGUGGGCUGCAGGCUUCAGGCUGUGGGCUCCAGGGCUGCAGGCUCCAGGUCUCCAGGCUCCAGGCUGUGGGCUCCAGGCUGCGGGCUCCAGCAGUGCUGUCGCCUUUCUCAGUCAGGGCCUCCGUCAGGUUGGAUUCCCACUCUGACCUCUGCCACUGGCGGCUCAUCUUAGACCAGCGCAGCCAGCUGGCUGGAGUGUCCGAACGGCGCGGCCAGGGACUGUCCUCGCGCGUGCACAAGUGGUUCUGGGAAAAGUUUGGGGAGUAUGUGGAGGACUUCCGCUUCCAGCCCGAGGAGAGCACGGUGGAGACCGAGGAGCCCCUCAGUGCCCGCAGGUUAACUGAGAACAUGAGACGACUGAAGCGAGGUGCCAAGCCUGUCACAAACUUCGUGAAGAACCUCUCUGCCUUAUCCGACUGGUACUCGGUCUACACCUCAGCUAUCGCCUUCACAGUGUACAUGAACGCCGUGUGGCACGGCUGGGCCAUCCCCAUGUUCCUGUUCCUGGCAAUUCUGAGGCUGUCCCUCAAUUACCUCAUCGCCAGGGGCUGGAGGAUACAGUGGAGCAUCGUGCCUGAAGUGUCUGAAGCCGUGGAAGCUCCAAAGGAAGACCUGACUGUGUCUGAAAAGUUCCAGCUAGUGCUGGAUGUCGCCCAGAAGGCCCAGAAUCUCUUUGGCAAGAUGGCUGACAUCCUGGAAAAGAUCAAGAACCUGUUCAUGUGGGUCCAGCCGGAGAUCACUCAGAAGCUGUAUAUCGCGCUGUGGGCCGCCUUCCUGGCCUCCUGCUGCUUCCCCUACCGCCUGGUGGGCCUGGCUGUGGCUGAUGCGGUGCCCUUGCUGUGUUGUGGUUACCACGGCGCCGGGCAGCCAUGGCCUCGGCCAGAGUGUGCUGGGGCUCAGGCCUGGCCCGGAGCCUCGGGCUGGGGAGGGUGGGGCAUUGUGUGGCCAGGGCCGGCUCUGGAAGGGGCCUUGGGAGCUGCACCCUCACAUGUGGACUGGAAGCUGCUGAGCUGGUCGGGGCCUGCAGCUAGUGUGGGCAGGGAGGCCCCUGUGCCCCCCCCGCACCCCGACAUGGCCAGCUGCGUCUCCCCAGACCCUGACCCGCGCCCUGGGUGCCGUUGGCAGCUGCAGACGGCCUCAUCACGGAGCUGCGUGUCCAGUGCGCCAGCCGGCCUGAGCAAAGACGAAGAGGUGGGCCGCUUCCACAGCACCAAGAAGGGCAACUUCCACGAAAUCUUUAACUUGACGGAGAACGAGCGUCCUCUGGCCGUGUGUGAGAACGGCUGGCGCUGCUGCCUGAUAAACCGAGACCGCAAGAUGCCCACGGACUACAUCAGGAACGGGGUUCUGUACGUGACGGAAAAUUACUUGUGCUUCGAAAGCUCCAGGUCUGGGUCGUCGAAGAGGAACAAAGUGAUCAAGCUGGUGGACAUCACCGACAUCCAGAAGUACAAGGUCCUGUCCGUCCUCCCGGGCUCUGGCAUGGGCAUCGCUGUUUCGACACCAUCCACCCAGAAACCGCUGGUGUUCGGCGCCAUGGUGCACAGAGAUGAGGCCUUCGAGACCAUUUUCGGGCAGUACAUGAAGAUCACAGCCGCGGCAGCCUCUGGUGGCGACAGCUAGUCCUGACAGGCCGCGGGUCCCUUCCAGACAGCGCGGUAGUGGAACCGACCCACGCCACCUGGUCUUCUGCAAUAAUCCCCCUGGACCUGCCGUUCCUCUACGUGUUGGCCGGGUUCUGCCCCCCUCUGGGAGGGGCGGGCUGCCCCGCCGGGGUGAAGCACUUUAGUCCACACGGGUGGGCAAAGGCUCCUUGCGGCCUGCGGAAGGACGCCGCCUCCAGCCCCGCACGGCUCCUCGUUCACUCCCUGCCCUGGGCGCAGACCCAGUGCCAGCCGAAAAGGCUCUCCUGACCCCAGAGGUGUGUCCCCAUCAAAGCCAUAGCAGAGUGGUUUGUGGUCCCUCCUGUGGGUUUGGCGAUGGUGAGCGGGGGCACGGAGGCCCCUCCAUGGCCUCCAAAACCGCCAGCGGUCUCUCUCGGCCUUCAGUGAGACCCAGGUGCCUCGCUGACCCUCAGCGCUGGCGCCGGGCGGGGUCGGGCACAGCCUUGCGUUCUGAGCUUGGCUCAUGGGGGCUGGUGAGGAGAGGCCCUCGGGUCCCAGGGGGUCCGGUCCUGGCCCACCACCCCCCCGGGCAUCUUGCCGACAUACGGCAGAGGGAGGGCUUACAGGUAGAAGCACAUCUUUUCAGCACUUGGCUCUUCGGAAGGCCGGAGCGUGCCGGCAAGGCUUCGGGUGCUCUGCCCUUUGGUUGCUCUCAGGUGGAAGUCAGCUGGAGUCUGGCUGAUGGAUGGGGUAGGCCGGGGGCGGGCAGGCUGUGGGGCCCCAGGAAAGCCUGGCAGCGCCCUCCACCCUAGGGGCCACCCUGACAUCUGACAGUAUUUCUGUUCUUGUGGCCGGCUCCGCCAGGGAAGCCCCGGUGCUCAGCCGAGCGCUGCGGACGCCGUUGCCCGGGAUGCGGCCCGGAGCUCGGAGGUGCCAUUUCCUCCGGGACGCCCGUGUGGGACAUCAAAAACAGGACACCGGCACCGCUGGCCCCUGCAGGGUGGGUCACCGAGCCCUCCAGACGUCAUUAAGAUUGUGGUUUUUGUUUUUUUUUUGAAGAAACAGAUUAUAUUUUUUACAGAGAGCAAGCUGUUUUUCUUAUUUUUGUAUCAUUUUUCAGAUGUAAUUUUUACCUUUGCUCCGAUCCUCAUUUGCUGGUUUGGGUGUGAGGCCUGAUGGCUUGGAUGGUGACCCCUUCAUCCCAAGGGCUUCCUGCUGGGGGGAGGGAACGGGGGCACACACCCACCGGCUAGAUCAAGCACACACCCCACCCUGGAGGGCGAAGGCUCCCCGCCACACAGGCACGGCGUGGGCCAGGGCGGAGCGGCAGCCUGGUACAUGGAGGAGGAGCCCUGCGGGGGGACCCACAGCUUCCCGUGCACGGGGGCAGGGAAGGAGCACCCGUGGGAGCCCUAGGCACCUGUGGGGAGGCAGGGUGAGCCCUGAUCUGUGCCGAGCCGCGGCAGUGCCUCUCGCAGGCCGGAGGGGAGCCUGAGCAGAGAGAGGCAGAGUGGUUUAGUUUGAGCCCUUUUACAGAGAAAGGGAGAUGAAGACUUGACCACAUGGCAGGGGCCGGGCCCCACCGCGUGGCCCUUGGCGGCCAGGGAGACGAGGGCAGCCCAAGCCGACACUGCCAGCGGGUCCUGGUGUGGAGCCCACGGGGCGGGCGGGCGGGCCAGGCCCAGGCUCUGGGCCCCCUGCCAGGGAGACCGUGCUUUGUCGCAGGUGGCGUAAGUCUGGGUGGGUAUUUAAUUUCUAUGACUAGUCACCGAAGUAGAUUGAAUGUUACCUUUUGUAUGUCUGAAGCCUGAGUCUAUUUUGAGCUGUACGUAAUGGUUGCUGGCGUAAAGGGUCGUCCUCUAUGAAGAACGGAUGGGAGAAGCCUCCGUCACAUUUUUUUAAAGAAAACCUUGUUUAAAGAAAGUCUUGUAUACAUUAUAAUUUUAUUUAAAUAAACCUAAAAUGCUUUGUGCCAAGG